CUCUGUUCCUGUUCCUAUUUGAGAGCGCGUCAACUGACGAUCGAGUUCACGGGAAAGCGACGAACAUGUUGAAAGGAAAAAGAAAGAUCGCCUUUUUAAUUGUUAUGGGUUUUUCGUUCUUUGUUUGGCAAUUCUAUUUGCAGCAAUCAACAAAAUCCGUGAUUGAAUUCCCACAGCAUCCAACCACUAAAGAACUUACCACCGCGGAACGGUAUCAACUGUUGGACAAAUACAUGGCUGAAACUCUUGUAGAAGAAAAUCCGCCGUUCAAACGGAUCGUGUUUUGGAAUGAGGCGUAUGGAAAUAAAGAAUAUGGCGUCGGAUUUGGACGUGAAGCCUUGCGGAAACACGGAUGUCCGGUGUGGCAGUGCGAGACUACAGAUAAUCGAACAGAUGCGCACACUAGUGAUGCUGUACUUUUCCACCUUCGUAGCUGGACAAAAAAUGAUUUGCCGGAAAAACGAUUACCUCAUCAACGCUACGUUUUCUGGAGCAUGGAAUCUCCAGUUUGGCGUGAAUACGCACACGCGGAUCAAGCAGGGGAAUUUUUCAAUUGGACGAUGACUUAUCGAUGGGACUCGGACAUGGUCGCAACUUAUGCCAACAUUAAACCCAUCGGGAAAGUCCCGCUUCAUUUCGAUGAAGAUCAGGUGAAGUUUCAUUUAACUAAUUCAAAUAAAACGGUUAAUUAUGCAAAGGGUAAAACGAAAAUGGCAGCCUGGUUUGUGUCAAACUGCAAUUCGAAAAGCAGCAGGAACGAAUUUGUCAAGGAACUUCAGAAGCACAUCGAUGUCGACGUGUACGGUAAAUGUGGAACGAUGAAAUGCCCCACAACGUCUGAUGAAGAAUGCCGUGAUAUGGCGGCCAAAGAUUACAAGUUUUUCAUGUCGCUAGAGAAUUCUUUAUGCCCUGAUUACAUCACGGAAAAGUUCUUCGUGAUGAUGAAUCGUACGAUCCUGCCCAUCGUCUACGGCGUUCACGACAGUCACGAAAAAAUAGCGCCAACGCAUUCGUUCAUCAACGCGGCCAAAUUUGAAAACGUGAAAAAAUUGGCGGAUUACUUGAUUUCACUCGACAAAAACGACACGUUGUACAAUGAAUAUUUUUGGUGGAAGCCUCAUUUUAAAGUGAUGAGUAAUGAAGCGAACACAGGUAUGUGUCGUUUAUGUGCUGCUCUUCACGAUAAAAGUUUACCUUCAAAAAUCUAUCACGACAUGACUGGCUGGUGGGAAAAAAGUGUUCCAUGUGUGACAUCACCAAAGAUCGUUUGAUAUUAAAAUGGAUCUUGAUCAUCCUGUCAACGAAAACACUUG